AGGUUUUGUUUCAUAUAAAAAUGGCGACUCCAACCCGGAGGCCGCGGAAUUUAAAUUCGUCUUUAACUCCUCGAAAGUAUCAUCCUUAUUCAAAGCAAAUACGUAAAGGGGUAAAUGAGACAUUUGACAGAGUGUAUGCCUGUGUUUAUGGCCAUUGUGUUGGAGAUGCUAUUGGAUUGCUGACAGAAACUUUUUCAAAAACAGAGGCUAAAAAGAGGUACAGAGAAGUGUACAAAAGUUUAGAGCUCAUCCACAAAAAGAUUGUCCCUGAUGCACACAGACGGAAAUGGCUGAUAGGAGAGUGGACCGAUGAGUCGGACAUGAUGAUUCUUAUACUUCAGACAAUUGUCAUGAACAAAGGAGAGGUGAAUGCCCAUUAUUUUGCCCGUUGCUUGAUGGAGUGGGCAGAGAAGGGCUUUCCAGAACUGGAUGAUAUUUGUGGUAAUGGCUUAUGUCCACAAAUAAAGGCAGUCAUCUCUCACCCACAGUUUUCUGAGGAGCCAGAAAAGGCCUCUGAGAUUAUGUGGCGAGACUCUGGGAAACUGAAUGCCACCAACAGUGCUUUGUCACGGACGGCCAUCUUAGGAACUCUUCAGUACCACACAAUCGGAACUGUGAUAAAAAAUACACUAGACAUCUGUAAUAUCACACACCCAGAUCCAAGGUGUCGGGCGUCUUGUGUUGCAUUGACGACAACAAUAGCCCUCCUUCUUCAGAGAAAUGACCGACAAAUCAAGAAGAGCGGCAGUUAUGACAUUGAGGCUGUGGUGGACGAGUCGUUUACUUACGCUUCUAAACUACUAGUAACUUAUGAAGAGGUAAAGGAGUUGAAGAGAGCUAUGCAUCCUAGUAAUCUGAAGGACCUGAGAUUAGAUGAACCGGGGAAGACGAAUUACACGUAUAAAACCCUGGGCGCUGGCUUCUGGGCACUGAGACAGAAAAACUUCCGAGAGGCCAUACAGGAUAUUGUCUUAGAGGGAGGUGACUCUGAUGCUAAUGCUGCAGUAGGUGGCGCUUUAUUGGGCUGUAAGCUAGGGCUGAGUGCUAUCCCCAGGUCCUGGAGAGAAAAUCUCAUUCACAGAGAAUGGCUAGACAUCUUACUAGACAGAUAUUUUGACAUACAUGAGGGAAGACAUAUCAAGAAAGAAACGACCCUGUGAUAACGUACAGACCCUGUGUGAUAUUAGACAGAUAAUUAGUAUCAGCUAUAUACAUGUAUUUGGUGCAAUAUACAAUGUAAAGAGCAAACCUUUUUUUCUCCACAUAUUUUACUACAUGUUUGAAUGAUACAUAAUUUUUAUUGCAUUAGAAAUUACUGAUUUGAUAUCAAGAGCUUUGAAUUGUAUUA